AAUAUAACACACCCGGGUCAUCUCAUGACAUGGGGUUUUAAUAUCAUGGUAACCCCACCAAAUAGAGAUAGCCAAGUUGCACAAUUCAUCCUUUUAAAUUUCUUCACUUUGGGUUAUAGAACUUCAAACCAUUCUUUCUCUCUUCUCUUUUAUGUAAACCAAAGAAUAAAAAGAAUAAUGGGACAUCAUCCAAAUGAAGAAUCAUCCCUUUAUUCACAACCAAGUUUACCCUCCGUCCCUUCGCUGACGCCGCCGCCGUCAGCCGCGCCGGCGUCCAACUAUCAUUCCUCUUCCACAGCCACCGCCACCCACCGCUGCCUGGCCACCAUCAAGGGCGGCGACUCCUACGUGUUUUGCCUCUCCCUUGCCGGAAAGCACCUCUACAUCGGCUCCUCCAACGGCGACAUCGCCGCCGUCGUCUCCGGCGGCCGUGAUGUUAGUCCGGCACCGCGUUUAGUGGGUCGGAGUGGGAGUGCGGUGAAGAGUAUAGUUACCUUGGGUGAUAAACUCAUUAGUGCACACCAAGAUCAUAGGAUUCGAAUAUGGAAAAUGGACAACGAAUUGACUCACAAUAAGUGUUACAAGUGCAUAGCGACCCUGCCAACAUGGAAGGACCGGUUAGCUAAGUUUUUUUGCCCAAAGGACUACAUGGAGGUUCGACGGCACAAGCGGUGCACGUGGGUGCACCACGUGGACACCGUAUCGGCCUUAGCCAUGUCCACAGAAGCCUCUCUUCUGUACUCCGUCUCGUGGGACCGAACACUGAAGGUCUGGCGAACUACUGACUUCAAGUGCCUUCAAUCUGUUCGGAACGCCCACGACGAUGCCAUCAAUGCCAUCGUCGUCUCUAAUGAUGGCGUUGUGUACACUGGGUCGGCCGACAAGACAAUAAAGGUGUGGAAGGCACAGUGCCACGAUGGUGGAAUGGUCGACCUAGUGGCAACACUGGAAAAACACAUGUCGGCGGUCAAUGCCUUGGCUUUGACCCCUGACGGGUCAACUCUUUACUCUGGCGCGUGUGACCGGUCCAUAAUCGUCUGGGAGAAAGACGAUGACGGGAGAAUGACGGUUGUCGGGGCACUCCGUGGGCACACUAAGGCAAUUCUAUGCAUGGCGGUGAUGUCAGAUAUGGUGUUUAGCGGCUCAGCUGAUAAGAGUCUCAGAGUGUGGAAGAGAGGAAUGGGGAGGAGUUAUUCUUGUUUGGUUGUGUUGGAUGGACAUGUGGGUCCAGUCAAAUGUUUGACUGCAGAUAUUGACCAUAAUAACCCCUCAUCCUACAUGGUUUAUAGUGGCAGCUUGGACUAUGAUAUUAAGAAACUUCAUUAUCGUAAAAGAGGGAUUACAAAAUCCGGGGGAGUAGAAACCCAAACAGAACGACGGGCUUCUGCUCUCCUCGCAAGAGAAUGAGCAACAACGUUUAACUCUCUACGAACAAAACUGAUGGAACUAGAGCAAAAACCGACCAACAAGGCCUUACACUCAACAAUUAACGAACCAAAAUAAGAAGUAAGAGAGAAUGAAGUAUCUGAAAUUGCCGAAAUCACACGUUGACAAUCCAUCAAGAUCUCCACGUUAUGAAUAUCAAGCGUCUUAAUCCAUGAUAGAGCCUCACGACACGCCAUAGCCUCCGCCAUAAGAGGGUCCGGAGAACAUAGUAAUUCCCCAUUAAUAGCAGCAAGAAAACAGUUCGUCGCAGAAAAUAGAGCACACCCAAAAGCAACCCUACCACUAUCCGGCGCAAAAGCAGCAUCCACAAAACACCGACAGGUAGAAGAAACCCCCGGA